CGGCCUCCCCUCCCCUGCGGGCUCCAGCGCCCGGCGGCUGCUGUCACGGCUGGACGUGCGCCCCCUGGCGGCUAGAGCUGCAGCCGACGUGUCCGCACUGGUACGCAGGGCGAGCGCCACACUGCGCCUGCGCUCGAAGGAGAGAUUUUUGCCUCAAGCCGGCACUAGAACGUGCGACGAGAGGGUGGGACGGGACGCUUAUUCCGCAGGCAGCGCUCCAGCCUGGGACAGGGAGCAAGAUGGCGGAUGCCGAAGAGGAGGUUGCGGAGCCUGCUGCCCCUUCCGCAGCCCCAAUUUCAUUCGGGUUCACUCGCACCUCUGUCCGGAGGCGACUGGCGGCUACAGGGGACGGCACGGGGUCGGCCCCAGAAGAAAAAGAUUUCUUGAAGAUCGUGGAAGGAAAGGAGCUGCAGAGUGUGAAGCCUGUAGAAGCCCCUAAGGAACUGGUCAUCCCAUUGAUCCAGAAUGGCUUUCAAAGGCAGGCCUUGGCCCAGACGUCUGUGCCAUCCACAGAGGCUUUGGAGGAUGGGGUGUUGUCCCAGGCUGUGAAGGAGCUCAUUGAGGAAUCCAAGAAGUCUCUGGAGGAGAGAGAGAACUCAGGUGUUGACUCUAUGCUUGCUAUCCCCAUGAUCCAGAAAGGAUAUACUCCUAAUGAGGAAGGGGCAAGCAGCACACCCCAGGAUGAGACACCAAUACGGAGGAGUCUUGAGAAAGUGGAACAGCAGGCCUUUUGCUACUUCGAUGCUUUCCUAGGCAGUUUUGGGUCUUGCGCCUAG